UUGAAGCACCUGUUGCUACUUUCUCUUCCUCCUGUCUGGUCUAGCUCAAGGUUUCCCAGCGACAGACACCAACGUGAGUCCAUUUGUCCUGCUUUGAGCGAAGCGACUGCCUCCUAAAUGUGUUUUUUUCUUUCACAAGGUUGGUUGGAUGUGUUUGAAGGGGGGCCAUGGCAUCUUUCCCGUUUGGACUCCAUUGACUUUGUCUUUGUUCCUGUUGCCAAGCUACCCUGCUCUUUGGCAAGCACAAAGCCAGGUUCUCUGCAAAAACGCAAGCUGAACAUGGAAGACACAAGGGAUGAAGCAUCUGGACCUGAGGCCCCUGCACAGGUCACCCAGCCAUGGACGUUUUCCAAAUCAUCUUUGAUUAGAAAGCUGAGACAGCACUUAAUCAGUUCACGAUCGAGGCCCACCAUGGCGGCACCGAGCUCCAGUGGACUCGAGGUCCUCCUCAGCACAUUGCAGAAUGCUGGAGACAUUGAGAACAGACUAAACAUCCUCAAUGUCCUGGAUGAACUGUUGUCAGCAGGCACAGACAGACGGAUUCAUCAUAUGAUAUCGAAAGGAGGCAGCGAGGCUCUGCUGACGGCUCUGGUGAACUCAGCCUGCAGCUUCACGCCCAACUACACCAUCCUACUGCCGCUGCUGCACCUGCUGGCCAAGGUGGGCUACCGAGAUCGUCAGAUUGGUCUGAAAGCACAGAAGGCAGAUGCAGUUCUGGUGGUUCUGGGUUUGCUGCGGCAGAAUACAGAGAACGCACGGAGAGCCGCAGCCUGUCUUUGGGUCCUCAGAGUCUUCUGCUCCUCUGUGACCACGGCUGACCUGCUGGGGAAGAACCGAGGGCUGGAUGUGGUCUUCAAGCUUAUAUCUCCACACACCACCAAGCACUUACGCACUGUCAAGGCAGCCGCUGAUGCUUUUGCUGCAAUGUUAUGCUCAAAGGUCAACUGUCGGACUGCCAUCGCGAAAGGCUACAUCGCAGAUCUUCUGAAGCUGUACGAAGACUGGCACAACAAUGACGUCAACCUUACGAACAUUCCUAUCCUUAGAGCCCUACUUCAUUGUCUGCAACGUGCCGCCAACUCAGCUGUCGGCAGAGAUGCCCUGGUCGCUGAAGGUGGCAUUAGUCUUCUCUUCCAGACCACUCAGACCUGCUUGACCAUGAAAGGCCUUGAAUCUCUGGUGGAACCGGUGAUCCAGCUGAUGAGGAAGUGCAAUCCCAAAGUCCCUCUUCCACUGACCUCAGAUAAGAGUGCCUUCAGCUUUCCUCUUCCUGGGAGGCCUGUCGAUGACUGGGAUGCUGAUUUAGGACUUUACGAUGGCAGUUUAGAAGAUGACAGUGACGAAGACGAGGAGAACGAGGAGCCAGACAACAGGGACUACGAGGAUGACCUGGAAACAGAUGUGAACAAGCUGCGUCCCCGACCAGAGCCAGACCGGCCCCUAGAGCAGCUGGGUCAAUAUGUGCGUCUCUGCCCUGAGCUGCACCAUGACUUCCAGGAUUUGGACUCCAGCUCUGAGGUCGAUGAAAGCUCAGAUGAUGACAGCACUCUGGAGGGAGACUUGAACGACAAGAUGCCGAGUGACCAGAGAGGCUCCGAUCUGCCCUCCGACCGAGAUGAAAAUCACCUCCGGACGAGUGACUUCCAUAAGCAUUACCUCAACUGCUCCAGGAAAAGCCAAGAAGGCCACUCGAGUAUGGUGGACAGGCUUCUGGAGAAGUACGGGAUCUGCACUCCCAACCACGAUCCACGUCUCUACACCGCCACUGCAGCCAAUACAAAGUCAAUAGCUGGAUACUCCAUCCUAGCCUUCCCUGACUUCUGGGGACACCUGCCCCCACAAGAGCAAGAGCCCAUGGCUAAAAGACCACCACAUGUGCAGAGAAAGAAAGUUUUCGAAGACAUCCAGCGUCUCAUCUGUCCAGAGGACAUCAUCAACAAGGUUGUUUUUGACAUGGAUGAUCCCAGUCCACAGUGUUCCUCCGAUAUGUGUCCCAGUUCCCUUCAAUUCUUCUCCAAAUUUGAGAGCGGGAACCUGCGUAAAGCCAUUCAAGUCCGCAGUCAUGAAUAUGAUUUGAUUCUCAAUGCUGAUGUCAACUCCUCUGCACACUGUCAGUGGUUCUAUUUUGAAGUCAGCGGCAUGGUGGCCGGCGUGCCUUAUCGUUUCAACAUCAUCAAUUGUGAGAAAGGAAACAGCCAGUAUAACUAUGGCAUGCAGCCUGUGCUGUAUUCUGUGAGGGAGGCGCUGGAGGGCAGACCACACUGGGUGCGAACAGGCUCUGAGAUCUGCUAUUACAGAAAUCAUUUCUGCUCUAGAAGAGGUCAAAAAAGUUAUUUUUACACACUGACCUUCAGGGUGACCUUUCAUCAUGAAGAUGACGUGUGCUACUUGGCCUACCACUACCCUUAUACCUACACCACCCUUCAGACCCAUUUGAAGAUGCUGGAGAAGUCUGUAGACCCACGGAAAGUUUUCUUCAGGCAACAAAACCUCUGCGAUACGCUGGCGGGAAACUCCUGCUCCUUAGUCACGAUCACAGCCUGCCCCACUUCCAGAGCCUGGAAACAUCUGCACCAGCUGCGUAACCGGCCAUGUGUGGUGCUGACAGCAAGGGUUCAUCCAGGAGAGAGCAAUGCCAGCUGGGUACUGAAAGGCACGCUGGAGUUCCUGUGCAGCAGUGAUCCUGUAGCCGAGAGUUUGAGGGGGGCCUACAUCUUCAAAAUCAUCCCCAUGCUCAACCCUGACGGGGUCAUUAAUGGCAAUAAUCGCUGUUCUCUCACCGCUGAGGACCUCAACAGACAGUGGCUGAAGCCGGACCCUAAUUUAAGCCCCACAAUUUACCACACCAAAGGCUUCCUCUAUUACCUCAACAGCAUAGGCAGGACUCCGCUGGUGUUUUGCGAUUACCAUGGUCACUCCAGGAAGAAGAAUGUGUUUCUGUAUGGCUGCAGUAUGAAGGAAACCCUGUGGCAAUCUGGUUCUCCCAUCAACACAGCCUCCCUGAAAGAAAACCCGGGAUACAGGACUAUCGCUAAAACUCUGGACCGAAUAGCUCCUGCGUUCUCCUUCAACAGCUGCAACUAUCUGGUGGAAAAGUCUCGGGCGUCCACAGCACGGGUGGUCGUUUGGAGGGAGAUCGGAGUCUUCCGAAGCUACACCAUGGAAAGCACUUACAAUGGCUGCAAUCAAGGCAUCUACAAGGGGUUGCAGACAGGGACGCGGGAGCUGGAGGAGAUGGGAAUGAAGUUCAGCCAGAGUCUUCUCACCCUCAGGAGUAACGCCAUCCAUUAUAACAGCCAUCUGAUUCACCACGCAUAUGCCCUGUUAGACCUGGACGACAGGCUUCUCCACAACAAUUCCAAUAAUUGUUUCGAGGACGAUGAACCACCCUGCAUGGAGGAGAUUGAAUAUUCAUCCUGCAGUGACCCAUUUGGUGCCAACGAACUGGACACAGAGGUGAACGGUAACACAUCCAGUGAGGAAGAGGAUGAAGAAGAUGCAGAUAUCUGUAGGAACGGGAGGCGGCGUAAUGACAGGAAGUCCCAUCUCGUUCCUCAUUACUUGAAACAGGAUGCACUGGAGACUCUGACAAUCGAGGGUGGACAGUGUAACGGCAUUGACAUCAGUAAUGGCUACUUAUAUUAGGCCUUUUGUUUGUCUUUUCUGUUAAACCAAAACAUUUAGUAUUUAGUCCAAGAAACAAAAUAAGACAUGCACACCUGCAGAACAUGUACUAGUCCCACCUGUGCUCCCUGAUAUAAACUAUUUGAAUAUCUAUUUCCCGCAUAAAACUGCACUUGAAGAGUAAUUGACUGUUGCAUAAUCCUAGUGACGUGAUGAGCUCAUGCUUUGGUCUAUGCAGUGGGUUGGUUUACGAAUCACUCUUACUUUAAACUAGAGGCCAAUAGCUUGCUGACAAAAAUACUCUGCUGUAUAACUGGUCUUCCACUGAAACUCGAAAGUAAACACUGGAUAUUGUAAGAUAGCACUGCAUAUAAAGUUUACCUUUAAUAAUAUGUAUUUAUUAUCUUAGAUUGUGAAAAUCAGUAAUCAUGUAUGUUUUUAUGGUUAUUAGUUCCAAAGUGAUACAUGUAUGUGCGUGUAUACAAAGUUACUGUAUCACUUAGUUUCAUAUAUAUAUAUAUAUAUAUAUAUAUAUAUAUUCAAAGCACCCCCCCCCAUCUUCCCAUCUUAUCCAAUUUAAGCUGACAUUGGGGUUUCGGUGAAGAAAUUUGUUUUACAAAAGCCAGCCUUUGAGCCAGAUUUCAUCCAAAUUCUCCCCAGAAUGUUUUGUAUAAUGAGUUCCGUCAUCUCAGCUCAAUUGGAUCCACACAACCUUUGGUUUGGACCGAAGCUACAAAUGCUAACUCAUGUCAGUCCGUGUUCAAAUUCAGGAGCCGACAGAAGCCUGCAAUUAGAUACUGACACUUUUAGCUCAAAGGGAAUGGUGCCAUUGCAGAGUAAAUUUGCAGUUUCAUCUUCGGUCUGUCAGACAGAAGUUUGAUAAUCAACAAUAUUAUUGUAUUUCCAUAAAUGUUUGUUUGUUUUAUGAAUAUAGCCAUGCUAUGAAUAUAAUCAUGGCUAAAGGGUGUUGUUAAGUGCAACAUGCAGCAUCGGCCUGCAAUCCUUUCAGCCAAGACUGUAUUACUAAUAUAUCACAACCAUGAGUAUCCUAUAGCUGCAAGCAGAAUCAAUUAAAUCUGUGUGUGGGUGUGUACAUUGUAUUACAGUAUAUACACAUUAUUGUA